GUUUCUUUGUGCCGAUUCAUUCACACAUUUCAGCCUGAGAGUGAAGCUGCUCUCCUGUCCUUGCCCGGUUGAACCAUGAAGGACCUCGACUUCAAUGCAGACGUAGCUCUGGCAAAGGAGUUUCUUUCGAACUUCGCAGAUGCAAACGGUCAACCCAAAUACAUGAACAUUUUGCAAGACGUUGCUAACCACAAAACUCGAGCUAUCCAAAUUGACAUUGGGGACUUGAUCAAUUAUAAAGAUCUAGACGAAGAAUUUCUCAGACGUGUGACCGAAAAUACUCGGAGGUACAUUGGAAUUUUUGCUGAUGCGAUCGACGGCCUUAUGCCAGAGCCCACUGAAGCCUUUACGGAUGAUGAUCAUGAUAUAUUGAUGACACAGAGAUCUGACGAAGGAGCGGAAGGUGCUGAUGGUUCAGAUCCUCUUCAAAAGAUGCCUUCUGAGAUCAAGCGCUACUUUGAAGUUUAUAUUAAGGCAUCUUCAAAGGGGCGGCCAUUUACAAUUAGGGAGGUGAAGGCUUCAUAUAUUGGUCAGCUUAUAAAGACAUCUGGUAUUGUGACCCGAUGUUCGGAUGUUAAACCAUUGAUGCAGGUAGCUGUUUACACAUGUGAAGAUUGUGGCUUUGAAAUCUACCAGGAGGUAACAGCUCGGGUCUUCAUGCCUUUGUUUGAGUGUCCUUCUAAGCGCUGUCAUAUGAAUCAAAGCAAGGGGAAUCUCAUUCUUCAACUAAGAGCAUCAAAGUUCUUGAAAUUUCAGGAGGCAAAACUUCAAGAACUAGCUGAACAUGUUCCAAAAGGACAUAUCCCCCGAACAAUGACUGUUCAUUUAAGGGGAGAGCUCACAAGAAAGGUAGCCCCAGGUGAUGUUGUUGAAUUAUCUGGUAUUUUUCUUCCCAUACCUUUCACUGGUUACAGAGCAAUGCGUGCUGGGCUAGUUGCUGAUACUUACUUAGAAGCCAUGUCUGUUACCCAUUUCAAGAAAAGAUAUGAAGAGUAUGAAUUUUUUGGAGACGAAGAAGAGCAGAUUUUAAAAUUAGCUGAAGAUGGCGACAUCUACAACAAGUUGGCUAGAUCACUGGCUCCUGAAAUUUUUGGACAUGAAGAUAUCAAGAAAGCAUUGCUUCUUCUUCUUGUUGGUGCUCCUCACAGGAAGUUAAAAGAUGGGAUGAAGAUCAGAGGAGAUUUGCAUAUAUGUUUGAUGGGUGAUCCUGGUGUGGCAAAGAGUCAGCUCCUUAAACACAUAAUUAACGUAGCACCAAGAGGAGUGUACACCACUGGCAAGGGAAGUAGUGGUGUAGGUCUAACUGCUGCUGUUCAGAAGGAUCCAGUGACCAAUGAGAUGGUUCUGGAAGGUGGAGCAUUGGUACUAGCAGAUAUGGGCAUUUGUGCCAUUGAUGAGUUCGACAAGAUGGAUGAAUCUGAUCGUACAGCUAUACAUGAAGUUAUGGAACAGCAGACUGUGAGCAUUGCCAAGGCCGGGAUCACUACAUCCUUGAAUGCAAGGACUGCUGUCCUUGCUGCUGCCAAUCCGGCAUGGGGAAGAUAUGAUCUAAGAAGAACUCCAGCAGAAAAUAUUAAUCUUCCUCCCGCCCUGCUAUCAAGAUUUGAUCUUCUGUGGCUAAUCCUCGAUCGAGCUGAUAUGGAUAGUGAUCUUGAAAUGGCUAGGCAUAUCGUCUAUGUCCACCAAAAUAAAGAAUCUCCUGCUUUGGGAUUCACUCCUCUUGAACCAUCUGUUCUCCGAGCAUAUAUAUCUACUGCAAGAAGAUUAUCUCCAAGUGUCCCCAGGGAAUUGGAAGAGUACAUUGCUACUGCUUAUUCUAGUAUUCGCCAAGAAGAAGCCAAGUCAAGUACUCCCCAUUCAUACACAACUGUCAGAACUUUACUCAGCAUUCUCCGCGUAUCAGCUGCAUUAGCGAGACUCCGCUUUUCGGAAACUGUCGCUCAGAGUGACGUGGACGAGGCACUGAGGUUAAUGCAGAUGUCGAAGUUCUCUUUAUACUCCGAUGAGCGUCAAAGAUCUGGUCUAGAUGCGAUAUCUGAUAUCUAUUCUAUUCUGCGAGAUGAAGCUGCAAGGAGUAACCGGAUGGACGUAAGCUAUGCCCGCGCCCUCAAUUGGAUAUCUAGGAAGGGCUACAGCGAAGCGCAGCUGAAAGAGUGUUUGGAGGAGUACGCAGCAUUAAAUGUUUGGCAGAUACACCCCCACACUUUUGAUAUCCGAUUCAUCGAUGCUUGAUGUACCCUUAUUGCAAAUAUACUGGAAUUGAGCCAAUCCAAUUUUAACCCCGUUUUCUCCAGGUCUGGUUUAUCCUGUAGUUUGGUCUCACGAAGCUCACCAAGUGUUUUUUUUUUUUAAUGGUAUUGAUAGUUAGGAUUUUUCAUGUUUAAAUUAAAUGUUCAUGCUUCAGCUUAGAUAAGAUCGGAGGCGCUGAUUGUGUUGCUUCUUGUCUAUUUGGAUUUGCCUCAGCUAUGAUAUAUUUUGUAAAAAUGACAUCGUAGAAAUGGAAGUCAGGUCGAAUCUGAAUGGA